AUGGCCGCCGCUACCAGUGCUGUUUCGGGUCAGCAGCCCACCGUCUUCCCCCACAGCCAUGUCGGUUUCGACAGCAUCACCUCCCAGAUCGAGCGGAAGCUGUUGAAGCGUGGUUUCCAAUUCAACGUCAUGUGUGUCGGUCAAACCGGCUUGGGAAAGUCUACUCUAAUCAACACUAUCUUCGCAUCCCACCUAAUCGACUCCAAGGGUCGUCUUACUCCCAAUGAGCCCGUGCGCUCAACCACCGAGAUCCAGACUGAAUCACACAUCAUCGAGGAGAAUGGUGUGCGUCUCCGUCUGAACAUCGUCGACACUCCUGGUUAUGGUGACCAGGUCAACAAUGACCGUUGCUGGGACCCAAUUGUCAAAUACAUCAAGGAUCAGCACUCGGCGUACCUCCGCAAGGAACUCACUGCUCAGCGUGAGCGCUACAUCCAAGAUACCCGUAUCCACUGCUGUUUGUUCUUCAUCCAGGCCUCAGGCCACUCUCUCAAGCCCAUUGAUAUCGUCGUCCUGAAGAAGCUGUCCGAUGUCGUCAACGUUGUCCCCGUCAUUGCCAAGUCCGAUUCUUUGACCCUCGACGAGCGUCAGGCAUUCAAGGAGCGCAUUAAGGAGGAGUUCGCCUUCCACAACCUGAAGAUGUACCCUUACGAUAACGACGAAUUGGAUGAUGAGGAGCGGGCCAUUAACUCUCAGAUCAAGGAUAUCAUUCCCUUCUCUGUUGUCGGCAGUGAGAAGACCAUCGUUGUCGAUGGCAAGCAAGUUCGGGGUCGCCAGAACCGCUGGGGUGUCAUCAACGUUGAAGAUGAGAACCACUGCGAGUUCGUCUACCUGCGCAACUUCCUGACUCGCACCCACUUGCAGGAUCUGGUUGAGACCACCAGCCAGAUUCACUAUGAGACCUUCCGUGCCAAGCAGCUUUUGGCUCUGAAGGAGAACAGCGCUGGUCCUCACACCGGUGGCAGUCGUCCCAUUAGCCCCUCUGCGGACCGGGAGCUCAGCCGUAACUCGCAACGCGCAGCCAUGAACGGAUACUAA